CCUCUUCACAGAUAGUUUUGCCCUUCUGUGACUCUGUCAGACAUGCAACCCCCACAAGCUGGGGUCAGCGGAGCAUGGCAGAGUCUCAACCCGCAGGUUUCUUCACUGUAACGGAGAAAAUGAGAAGCUGCUAUGCAAAGUUUCUGCACAUGAUGACUGUUGCCGAAAUAUGCCACCCACAUUCACCUUCAGUUCUCUGAGCCUGACGGCCGGUUCUGACCCAGCCUCGGCUCUAUCGGCUGUUUGCUCAAAAGAGCGUCAGGCGGACUUCCUCACAAAAACAGUCCCUAGAGGUUGUCAGGAGGCUGGUUUGAGUCUCUCAUUCAGAUGCUGAUACCAAAAUAACAUUAAGACUUAGUCAACGCUGAAAAAGAGGAAGUGGUGAAUUGUUGUCUUUCCGAUCCACAGCCUUGUAUACUGAAAAGCAACAGAUGAAAACCAGUUGAAGUAAGAGAACCAUUUUUUAAAUUUUUCAUUUCUUUAAUGGGUUGUGGUGUUUGGCAGAGAUCUCAUGGCUCUUUUACGCAAAUACAUCUGGGUGCUGGUGAUACUGGGGAUGGUUUUUGUGUCGGUGGUGAUCAGCCUCAUCUUCAUCCUCAUCAACAAGUGUAUUUCCAGAAAAGCAGGCAAACACCGAAUUUUACAGCUUCAGGAAAGACCUGAAGUCAAAAUCGAGAGCAACAAAUAUCAGCUGACGCAAUCUGGCAACAACACACCUCCUCUUCCUCCUCGGACACAGUUUCUCACAGCAGUCGCCCAGAGCUACGAGAACCUGGCUGAGGAAGGUGAGCAUGACGACCAGAGUGACCACGACUACGAGGAGGCCCUGGACCAGAAGCUCGACUGCGUCAAGGUUCAGGAAAAUCUGACCUGCAAUGAUCCAAACACAAACUCUGGAGUUUCAGUCGCCCAGAGCUACGAGAACCUGGCUGAGGAAGGUGAGCAUGAUGACCAGAGUGACCACGACUACGAGGAGGCCCUGGACCAGAAGCUCGACUGCGUCAAGGUUCAGGAAAAUCUGCUCUGCAAUGAUCCAAACACAAACUCUGGAGUUUCAGUCGCCCAGAGCUACGAGAACCUGGCGGAGGAGAAUGACUAUGAGGAGAGCGUGGAUCCACUGCCGGACUACGUCAAAGUGGAGGAUGAAACCGAGUUUCUUCCCCCUCCUCUCUGCGAUUUGGAUCCAAAUAUCAAAUGCAAUGGUUCUUUGGGUCAGAGCUACGAAAAUCUGGCCGAUGAGAAUGAGUACGAGGAGAGCAUGGAGCAGCAGUUGGACUAUGUGAAGGUGGAGGAUGAGUUUACGCCUCAUCAGAACUACGACGCGAGGGACAACGCCUCCACUGCUUCCACCGAGGACUAUGACGACAUUGGAGGAGAAGACGAGGAAGACUAUGAUGAUAUUGCAUAAGAUAAAUUUUUUUUAAAAAAAGGACAAAGACUUUUUUCUCCAACCUUCCUGCUGACCAGAGCUUUCACAGAUUUCUUUUGCUUCCCAUCUUUAAUUAUUUUUUUCAUGUUUUAAAAAGCAGAACAGGUGGAGAUAACACUUCGCUUUUUGGACAUUCAGUUCUACUUUUUGAUUCCUACACAACUUAUUUACUGAUCAUUUCUAGAUUUGUUUAUAGCUGUUUUUCAAACUUUUUGAUUUAAAACCUUGUGAACUGUUUUUUUUUAUUUUAUUUUCAAAAUAAAAGGUGUAAUUUUACGUUUGAAAAUUGUACAGCGUCGCAUAAAUGUGAUUGUGUUUACAGUAGGCUCAUUUUUGCCUGUUGAAGAGGUGAGGAUGGAAGCUGAGGACCCAGCCAUAGUGCAAUAAUGAUGAUUUUUAAUGAUAGUCCAAACCAACAGAACAGAAUCCAGACAGCACAGCAGUACGGCUAAGAGCUCAGACACUGGUAGCGACUGGUUACGCAGCUAAACACAAUGACAUAGAGAGAACCUGACAGGUAGCAAGAGACACAGGAGGGUGUAAUCAGGGGAAACGAGGGACAGCUGGGGACAAUCAAGAGGUAGACCAGACAUCAAGGAGACUCAAUUAACUGAAAAUGACACAGAAACCUAAAUUAACAGAGAAAAAACCAAAACCUUACAUUAGCAUUUCUGCUGUAAUACGCAGAGCAGAGAUGAAUAUAUAUAUAUAUAUAUAUAUAUAUAUAUAUAUAUAUAUAUAUAUAUAUAUAUAUAUAUAUAAGAAACGUGAACAUUAAUAAUAAUAACAAUAAUAAUGAUAAUUUAUGAAAUAAUUAAAGAAAUGCUUUAUUUUCAAAUUAUGUUCUUUUGAGCAUAUUGAUGAGUUGUUUUUCAGAUGGUGAAAGAGAACACAGAAAAUGUUCAUUUUCAGGGUUGGACUGACCAGGAAAGCAUACAUUUUGGGGUGGCACAAUUAAAAAACAAAACAAUCAAAAAUAAAUAAUUACGCAAACAAAACUUUGUGACUAGAUUAAUAUUUACAAAAUAAAUACUGGCAGCCUUUUCAUAAAAAAGAAAAACUGUGUAUCGUUUGGUGUAUUAUUUAGUUGAUUUCCUAAAAUUGAGGUUCCUUUUUUCUCUAUACAUACAAUCAAUAAGGUGAACAUUGAAUAAUCAAUAAAUUCUACCAUAUGGGAACUCUUUGGUUUUAAUCACCUUGCCCUUCCAGGAAUUAAAAAAAAAAAAAACAAUGUAACUAAAUCAACAAUUUUUCCUUAAAAUUCAGAUGCAUAUUCCCAGUUAUCCUGAUAAAACCCAAAUCAUAUGAGUGAUUGGAAUUCACUUUUAAAUACAACCAAUUCCUAAGCUCUACUAAACACUUUGGAACUAUUUUCUAUUUAUGCAGGAAAAUAGAUUUGAAUCAUAUAAAAUUAAGAACAACAGUGUUCAAGUUGGAAAUAAAGCUUGAGGUGAGAUUUAUAUGUUUGCAAAAACAGUGGGAACAACUGUGUGUGUGUAACUGAGCUCAGAAGGCCAGCAUUAAAACUUUUUGACUCAAUAAUUGAAAACUCUUGAUAAAUCACAUCAAUGAAGAAGAUAAAGUGAAGAAGCCUUUCUGAAGCCUUUCAGAGAAGCUUUAUUUGCUGAAGAGCUCUGAAAGAGCAUUUUUCUUUAGAUUGCUGUGUGUAGCGUGUAGAUAACUAAAGCAUUUGGAAACUAAAUCCUCAGAAGUUUACAACUCCCCAAACUGCAAUGAAGUAAAUCUCCCUGACAUGAGCUCCCUCCUCAGACUCUAAAAACUGCACCGUUUAGACAGAUUUAGUGUUUUAUUCAUAAGUUGAGGAAAUAGCCUCAAAUGUAAGUGAAAUAUUUCUGAUGAAUAUAGUCUGAAAUGAUUGGGGAAAAAGUGGUGGGAGAGCAAAAAAAAAAAAAAAAAAAAUUAAAGUGUAAAAUAUAAAACCAGCUUAUUAUCUGACUCAAGUAAAAUUGAAGUGAUCUGCUGAAAUUAAUCAGCACUGCUUUUAUUGCAUUAUCUGCAGAUGUUAUAAAAUUUCUUCUUAUUAUGAAGUUAACAUUUAUCCACUGCAGCAGUGUAUUAGGACCAUUGUGGAUAGAAAAAAAGAGUAAAUUUCCACCACAAAAACUUUUAUUUUUCAGAAAAAUCUUAGAAUUGUUCAAAUUAAGAAACUUUCUGGGGGGCUUUCUAGAAAAUUUCUGAGAUGGGAAAUUUACUCCUUUUUUAAACUGCCUACGAUGGCCUUAAUACACCAUUGUUGUACUUAUGUUUAACAGACGAAGUGAUAAAAGCUGAAAUAAAGAUGCAGAACAAACAUUUAACAUGACAACAUUCUGAUUUUGUGCA